AUGUCGGUUCAAGGAUCUAGGGUUCACAGGUCCCAGGUUUACUUGGUGGCGCAAUUGCCCCCAAGAUAUAAGAGUUCACUUGGACCGUGUUUUAGCAACCUGGGAAUGGUGCGAAAUGUUUCCACAAGCCACACAGUAACCCAUUUGAAUCCUUCCAAGUCUGAUCACUUGCCUCUUCUUUUAUCCGUUGGGUUAAGUAUGCCUCGGAAGUCUCAUAGAAAGCACCAUUUUCGAUUUGAAGAGGCUUGGUCAAAACAUGCAGAUUGUGUUAGCGUAGUCAAGGAAGGAUGA